AUGGGGUCCAGAAUGAUUCAUUUUUCCACAAAAUAUAUUUGCCACUUAUCGAAUGCAAGUGUAAGUAAUGAUACCUGCAAUUUUCGAUGCUUCGGUAUUCAUAGCAUCUUCCAUCUGGAUAGACUUUGUCUAAUCCUUUGGAGGGAACUGGGACUACGGUGA